AUGACAUUUGCUUUGGAAAAGAGAGGGUACGUAAAGGCAGGACCAUGGACACCUGAGUGCACUGUGGAAAAUCCAGAAGCAGGUCUGAACUAAAUUUUUGAAUAUGUGCUAUCAUUGAGGCCCUGUUAGGAUAAAAUUCUGACAAGCGAAAUUGGCCUUGAAACAGCAACAUAAGAAAAUAGAUCAAAGAGGGUGGUGUAAGGGUUUGCAGUGAUGUGGUUUUGUGGGAAUUUUAUUUUAAGUUGUGGUAUUUUGGUUUUACAAAACCAAGGGGUUUGCAGUAUUUAGAAAUUUCCGCGUAAAAUCUCAAUGCGGUUUGUGGUUUUCUUAUGUUAUUCUGUACGGUAUUUAUAUGUAAUUCAGUGCAGUUUUGCAGUAUUCGCACCCCCCUUAAGCCCCCCUCAUCAAAUGGCAACAAAUGACAUGAAGAUGCAGGGUUGAAACUGGGACAAAAUAAUGACAAUCCUGAAUACAAAAGUGAAAUACCUACAGCUACAUGGCCUUGACCUUCUCAAUAUGCAAAAUGACUGCUUUUGAAAUUCAGAUGGGGAACUAUACCCCCACCCCCCACCCCAAGGGGACUUGGCUCAUCACCGCAAGCUGUAGGGGGAGACCCAGGAAUAUCCCAAAGAGGGGGCUGGAGGGGACUGGAGGGGGCUCAAAACUUCAACAUAUUGAAACUGUUUCAAACCAUUAUUUUCACCCUUUUGAACUUGAGCGUUACAUUUUUCUGUCUUGUGUAGCAAAAUUUAUAACAGAUGAAAUACAAAUUUGGAAAAGAAUUCUUCAUAUUUUGCAAAAAUUCCAGGCAAUCAGGAGUUUUACUGUUUCCCACCUUUUUUUGUUAUGCAGUUUUUAAUUAAAAAUAAAAAAAUUGGGAUUGUAAGGUAGAUUCCCUAUUGUCUGGUAGUUUGUCACCAACUUAUCUUUGGUGGUAUUUGCAUUGUGACUGUCUGCAAUAUUUAUAUUUUUUUGUUCAGUUCACCAGCUUCAUCGUGAAUUUCUUCGAGCUGGAGCAGAUGUGAUUCAAGCUUUUUCAUUCUCCAUGGAUGAUAAUGUGAUUGAUGAAAAGGUAUUUUCCACAUAAUUAUAGAAAUGACUUGUACAGUCCUAAGUUCUUCCUGGCAGAGGGGUAUGCAUGCCCUGGGGCGAGGGACUCUCAUGUGAAAGGGGUGGGGAUGCUCAUUGGAAAUUUUGAGUUAAACCUUUAAAGGAGACCAAUCUGGGCAUGGCCCAACCUUUUUUGACCCCUAAAUGAGACCAUUUAAACUUUGAUUACAUGAAUCGAGUAAAUAAAAUUAAUUUAAAAUACAUCACUGUUUUAUUUCUUCGCGUGCAACCCUAAAGGAGACCUUUAUGGCUAAAUGUGAUGGUGUUUUGCUUAGAAAAACUUAAGUGAGACCAGAAUCUGAAAUUUACACCCCUAAGUUAGAUGACAAACAUCCCUGCCCCUUACUUUUGCACCCCCNUGUCUGCAAUAUUUAUAUUUUUUUGUUCAGUUCACCAGCUUCAUCGUGAAUUUCUUCGAGCUGGAGCAGAUGUGAUUCAAGCUUUUUCAUUCUCCAUGGAUGAUAAUGUGAUUGAUGAAAAGGUAUUUUCCACAUAAUUAUAGAAAUGACUUGUACAGUCCUAAGUUCUUCCUGGCAGAGGGGUAUGCAUGCCCUGGGGCGAGGGACUCCCAUGUGAAAGGGGUGGGGAUGCUCAUUGGAAAUUUUGAGUUAAACCUUUAAAGGAGACCAAUCUGGGCAUGGCCCAACCUUUUUUGACCCCUAAAUGAGACCAUUUAAACUUUGAUUACAUGAAUGGAGUAAAUAAAAUUAAUUUAAAAUACAUCACUUUUUUAUUUCUUCGCGUGCAACCCUAAAAGAGACCUUUAUGGCUAAAUGUGAUGGUGUUUUGCUUAGAAAAACUUAAGUGAGACCAGAAUCUGAAAUUUACACCCCUAAGUUAGAUGACAAACAUCCCUGCCCCUUACUUUUGCCCCCCCCCCCCCCACCCCCCAUGCAUGCUAACCUCCAUGCAUAUGAAAUGGGGGUGGGGUAGAGGGGGAGGCACUGGACUACUGAUCAGUAGUAUAAAAUAGAGAAUAACAGGCCUAAGAGCUAUCAUAGUACCCUUUAGGCUAUAAAUUGAACUUAAAGUAACAAAAAAUUGAUAGUAAUAAAUGGAAGAGGGAAAAUUCAACAACAGCAAACUGUCAUUCUGGCCCCCGUUGUUCAAAAGUUGGAUAACGCUAUCCACCAGAGCAAUUACUAAUGGAUAAGUAUUACGAAGACCAAUUGCGUUAUCCACUGGAUGGUGAUUUAUCCAAUGGAACUACUGGGGCCAGAUCUACAAUAAUAUUAUUGUCUGUAAAUGCUGAAUUAAGAUGCUGCCACGAGAUUAAAGUUGCACAACAAAAAAAAAGUGAUUUGAAGAACAAUUAAAAGAUGUCCAUGACCUGAUCCAGUCAAAUAAUAUCUGUAAUUUAAACUGGGAAUGUAGUAACGGUUUCUUAAAGGGCAUCCCUGACAGUGAUGCCACUACUAGGCCAAGAAAGGCGGGACUUACAUGCUUUAAUUUGUGACUGAAUUUAGACCAAAGAUUCAAAAUUUAUAGAAACACAAUUUGGCAAUUUUGUUGAAUGGGAGGGAGGUGGUGUGUUUUGUGUUCCUAUUGCUUCCCUUUUGAGCCUGCCAUGCAGGCUUCUUCCUGAAUUCAAUUAACUACUGAGUUUGAGGAGGCUUGUUUAAUCCCAGGAAGAGGCUGUGCUCUAGCCACCCCCAGUGGCCCCUGGCACCUAACUUUUGCCCCCGAGUGACUAGAAAAUGUUAGUGUUUUCACAGAAAUCAUAUGCUCAACACCCUAAGUCUGCAAGAGCAGAUGCCUUUUUUGGCUCUUGUUUCACCCACCACACUGGAUUUCACAGGUUUAAAGCACUGGGCUCCUUUCAGUUUUCUUACAGCACAGCCUUGCAGUAUCUAAUCCAUUCUUAACACUUGCAUCAACAGAAUGAAGAAAUCAAUCAGUCUGCAUGUGACCUUGCCAAGGCAGUAGCCAGGGAGGGAGGGGUGUUCUCUGCUGGAUCUAUUUGCCAAACAGCAACCCUGUACAUGCAUGGAGCUGGAAGGAACCGCAUACAAGAACGAAUUGAGGAGCAAAUUCAGAUAUUCCUCAAGAAUGACAUGGAUUUACUGAUUGCUGAGGUAGGAACAUGUGUAGGACUAUAAUGGCCAUUUCACGAAGCAAACAUUGUAACUUUUAGGAGUAUUUAGCAUUUUGAGCGCAUGUUUUUUUAGCUGUCUUUAGCUUGUUAAGCACUAGUAGUACACUGGCUCCAGAGGUCCUUUCUCAAAAUAUUUAGGAUUAAGUAGUUAUUGUAGUACUAUUCCUGUACACUGUAGCUGUAAUAGUAGCAGUAGCAGAGCAUUAGCAUUAGCAGUAGCAGUACAGCGCCUCUUUAACAAAUACACUCAGUCAAUUAUCUCUUAAUGGACAGCUCUAUAAGACGCACACCUCAGUAAAACGGACAUCAAGAGCCUGCAUUUUUUUACCCCCAUCAUUUGACUCUCUAUAAGACAGACACUUUUUUAAGAAGGACACUUACAAUAAUUACUUCGGUACGAUAAUUUACUUUUUUCUUUUUCUUUUUUUUUUUGAGGGGGCGGGGGGAGGGGCUCAUCUCAAUUACUUUGGGAUACAAGGGGUUGCCAUCCGAAAAAAUUCUGAUGAAGGGGGGGUCAUCAUAUUCUACAGGAGCUACCCGUCAAAUCCCACCAACCCGCCCUAUAAAAAAGUGAACGGACCCUAAAUAUAUGUCUCUCCAUGGAAUCUUUAACAGUCAAUAAAAGGCCUCAAUGAUUUUGGGCUCCAAUAGAGGUCCUUUUAUUUUAUUUCAAUUCUGGAGUUUCUCAGUGACCUGUUUUUUUUAGCUUCUCACCCUUCUCCUCUCAGUUCUUUGAGUAUUGCGGUGACCUGUGUUUAUAGCUUCUCACCCCUCUCCUCUUAGUUCUUUGAGUAUUGCGAAGAAGCAGAGUGGGUAGUAGAGGUGAUGAAGACCACAGGGAAACCAACUGCAAUCACAAUGUCUAUUGGUCCUGCAGGGGACAGCAACAACGUUCCUCCACAGGAAUGCGCAGUUCGACUUGCAAGGACAGGUAUUAUUCGUUUUUAUUAGCCGUUUACGUUGCGCGGGCAAGGCCUGCGAGCAAGCUCUCCUGGGCGCUCUGGCGGCGGGGCGGGAAAAGGAAGGAGAGCUUGCAACUACUUCUCUGAAAUUUGAAUUCCUCCUCCAAUUCCCCUGUGGUUCCCCGUCGAUUGAGCUGUCAGAUUUCCGCCAAUCAGUGCGAAGCGGAAACGAGCGCGAAUGUAAACAAACAUUGAAAAACAUGUGAAAGCACGUGCCAAGGAUAAUGACUUCAUUACUAAAUUCAUACUUAUGUCAUUACUAAUGUAGUAGGAGACUGGGGUUCACCUUGUGCAAUUUUGGAGAGACAGAUGACGCAGUGGAAAUCCCAUCCUGCAGCCUGUGAUCUGGGCAAUAUGGAAUUUCUGCGCUCGUUCCUCAGAGAUCAUUUAACGAUAAAACCAGUGCUGAGGUCGCGCAAACGUGGGUUGUUUUCUCAGGCUUAUUAUAGGGCCUAUCAUUGCAAAUCAACAGUCUUUUUUUAUUAUUGGUAGGUGCUGAUAUCAUUGGACUGAACUGUAAGUUUGAUCCAUAUAUUUCACUCGAAACUCUCCGCCUGAUGAAGGAGGCACUUGAGAGAGAUGGCCUGAGCUGUCAUUUAAUGAUUCAACCCGUGGGAUACCAUACACCUGACUCAGGCAGGACAGGGUUCCAAAGUUUACCCGAGUGUCCUUUUGGUAAGCGCUACUUGACGUGGUGAACUAUUUAGCUAAAGCUUCUUUUAUAGCAAGGCUAAUAUAACUUGCAACUUACGUAUUACCAGUAGUUUCGUAUUAGUAACUUAACGAUAUUUGUCUUACACUUUCCUUUUGAAUGGUUUCAAAUUAAAGUUUUGUGUUUAUUUGACACUUAGGAGCUCCGCUUUUAGGCAUAGCGAAUUAUAUUUUCUUUUUUACUUUACCGUAAAUUAUCAAUUAAAAUCCCCCCCCCCCCCCCUCAGAUAAACGCCUCGUGUCUGAUAAAACAUCGUCGCGUUUAAAAAUUUGUAUUAGACGCCCAACCCCGUUCCCAGGGUUCUCUCCUAUCCGCCCUCCCCUAUCUCGCUCCGUAGUGCGGGUAGGAGAGAACCCUGGGAACGAGGUUGUUAAACGCCCCUCUCUAAUAAACGCGCCCUGUGUAAUACAAGUCCCCCACGACAGUUACUCCAAAGUACUAGGAAUUAGAAAAAAGGAGCGGAAUCAUUCAAUUUAUUCAGUUUAUUGCUUGAAUAACAACGUUUGCGAAUUUCAAUGUCAUGUUCAAAGUAAGGUCAAAUUAAGGAUAGACUAACGAUGACAAGAAAAAGACCCUGAAUGAGCAUUCUGUCAUAAAAGUUGAGAUUUGAAAGGUGGCCUAGACAUGCCAGUUGUUGAACUGGAAACGCCUCCUAUCGAUUAAACUCCCCGUCUUGGACCGAUAAAAGAGAGCUUAAGCAACGAUAGCGGCGACGGCAACGAGAACGGCAAAAUAGCAAUAGGUUUAUGUUAGCAAAACAACAGCUUUGCACGUGCAUCACGCUUUUUUGUACAUUUCUUUGCCGUCGUUUCACGACUACGACGUGAAAGUGCAUAAUUUCACGUUUUGUUAAGGACGGAAACACACGAGAACAAGUUUCUUUUCCUUUUCCUGAACUUUGUUAUAGUCCUUUAGAAUUCAACUCCAAAAUCAUUUGCCGACAUCUGACGAAUUAAACGAGAUGGAAUGAGCACAAUAAAGUUCGACGCAGCGCAAAUUCACUUUUUAAGUGACGUUUUCGUUUUACGGUAAUGAAACACCUAAUGCCCAUUUUGUUUGUUAUUUUAGCUCUAGAGCCUCGUACCUUGACUCGCUGGGAUGUGCAGAAGUACGCCCGACAGGCCUAUGAUUUGCCUCAGUCCAUAUAACCGCCGACAACACCUAAACUCGGUAUGGUGUAGUCCCGAUAUCGACUUCUCCAUUCAAGUUCUUUUGCUAAACUUUUUAAUUGGAAAAAUUUUCACCGACAAAACAAAUGCAAGUCAGUACAGUACAUUAGAGGACCCUCCAUAUGACCAAACUUCCAGGCCUCCACUCUUCAAAUUUUCACACAAUUAAGCUUCCAUGGUUUCACACUUAACCUAUAAGCUUCUACGGCAUCCAAACGUCACAGUUCCACACCUUAAAACUCUAACACUACUAAAGGUUUAAACGUUCAUGUACUUGUAUUUCGUAAGUUUUAAACUCUCACAGUUCUAUUCCUCUAAGCUUCCAAAUUACCUUAAUUUUAAUUGCUCUUCGUAUUUCCACACUGCUAUACUUUUAUACAAAAGGAAUUUAAAAGAAGCGAGUUAAUUAUAUAUAUUAAGUAUUCGCCUUACAGUAUUAAAAAUACUUAGACACGUUCUGCAUAUGCUCUUCUUAGUUAAAGCUGAAAACAACGAGCAAUAUCUUUUCAGCAAUAUAUUUUUUUUCGUUUCAGCUUGCAAUAGAAAGAGGGUUUCUGCCAGAAGCAAGUCAAAAACACAGCCCUUGGGGGGAGAGCUUAAAAGCUCAUCCGAAAGAAUGGUGUAGAGCAAGGUAAGCAUUAUUAACGACAAAUAAACGCGCAACUAGCACAGAGCUAAUCGAAGCUUGCACCAGUUUCUUGACACUGGUCGAUCUUCUAAUAAUAAACAAACAUUUGAAAGUGAAUUUGUCUUUCAUAAUCUUCGCGUUAAGACCAAACUUGAUGAGUGUAAUAUAGAGAGCCAGGCGAGAUGAUAAGAGAACAGCGAAACCUGAGCAAAAGAAAGUUUUUUCUAUUGCUCUUACAACAAAUUUCACGCGAAAACAAAGUAAGUCGGUUUUCUACGCGUUUACUGGUAUUCUGAAAGGACACAGUUUGGGUUGCGGUGUAUGAAGUACAGUAAGUUAAGAGUACAAUUGCCCAUUUAGUGUAAGUGACAUUAGCAGGACAGUCAUGGUUAAAAGUCAGGGAAAUUUGUCAAAAAAAAAGGACGGGAAAGCCCUAGCUUUUGACCAAGUCAAUGAACGUUUCUAUUUUCUGUUUGCCACAAGGUUUCGUGAAAAUUAUACAGUUAAUUAUUCUGUAGUUUAUCAUACUUUGAUACCACAGAUCUCGUAAGAAAUGCAAAAAGUUUUAAAAUUUAAGAAACGAAUUUCCCAUAACUUGCUAACAAUUCGGCAACGUUCAGACGGGAGUUGUUGAUGUUUGGAGAGGCUUACAGUGCCCAUAAUUUCUUUCGAAUGAACAGCACUAUAAAUUGUUCGCUAAAGAAAAUUUUAGGAUGCAGUACUUUUACACUCCAAAUUUACGGCAACACUCACCAGUGGCCUUUAUCGUUAACAAUUUUUUGACGCAUUUUUAUGUAACAAGGGUGAGCAAAUAAAGUUCAAUUUGUGAUUUUGUAUCCAGGGGCAACCGAGCUUACUGGGAGAGCCUGGAACCUGCUACAGGCCGCCCGUAUUCUUCUGCAAAGAGCAAGUUUGACGGACCAGCCUGA